AUGAUAACGGAGUCAGGAAUACAUGUGUUGUCUGCGGCAGAGAAAGCGAGGAGUAACAACCGUGGGGUCCGUGGAGGUCGGGUGAAGUCGUGGAGCGACAGGUGUACCAGCGGUGGUGUGAGCAGCUUGGGAGCUUUUCAUGCCGGUGGAAAGGACGAGCGAUCGUGCAAGGGCUGCGGUGCGACUGAACACGAUUACGGAACGUGUAGAUUUCGUGAUUACGUUUGCAGUAAGUGCGGGCAAUCGGGACAUUUGAGACGGGUGUGUUUAACGAACAGUGUUAACAGGUUCCGUAGGCACCAGCACAAAAUGGACAGGGGUGACAGGAUGAUACAAACCCGACACUUGGGCGAAGUGGCAGCACCGACGGCCCCGGAAGUGGCAGCGGUGAUGGCGGACGGUGCUCAAGAAGUAGAGCAAGAUGUGGAAGAGGACUUCCAUUAUCUCUGCUUAAAGAAUUAUCGAGCGGUUAAGUUACUGAUUUCCAUUGAAAAUCUUGUAAUUAAUAUGUAUAAGAAAAAGAGUCGGCGGUGGGCUAGGACGGUGCCGGUGUUCCACCACGCGCGUGCGAACUGGACGUGAUGCUACGGGAUGGCAUCGUCAAACCGUACUGACUGCUCCGACUGGGCCUCGCCACUGGUGCCGGUGAGCAAGGCUGAAGAAGAAGAAGAAGAAGAAGAAGAAGAAGAAGAAGAAGACGAAGAAGACGAAGA